UGAUGGUGAAAGUUCACUGUGUUUUUCAUCUCUGUCAUUUCUCCAGAUACUGUAUAGGGAUUAAGAUGGAUGUUUUCUUUCUGGUGUCAAUCAUGUGUGUUUUUUGGCAGUAUGGCAUGGGCUCUGUCAUGCCAGUGACGUGCCAGGACGAUGCUGUGGUGAAAGCGGCUGAGGAGACCGUAGAGCAGAUCAAUGCAGACAGACAGGAGGGUUAUAUCCUCUUACUUAACCGAAUCUAUGAUGUCAAACAGGAUAGAAAGAGGUUCACUGGAUUUGAUUUUUUGAGUCAGGUAGAAGGUGUGAUGCAUUUACAGCUGACAAUAGAUGUGCUGGAAACAAAGUGUCAUGUGAUCAGCAAGAGGACACGGAAAUCGUGUGCUGUUAAAGGGGUUGGUGAUCUACCGGUUUAUGGGACGUGUGAGGCAUCUGUUUCCAUUGAGAGCACCAUCAAAGUUCAGAAUUACAACUGCACUAUUCAACAAGUGGCAGCUACAGCUAUAGUACAAACUUGCCCCGACUGUCCAACUGCAGAGAAGUUAGAUGAUCCAGUUAUAACUGACACUACAAAGCUGGCGCUACAGAAAUUUAACAAAGAGAACAGUUCUCCUUCUUACUUUGCUCUUCUGAAUAUAACAGCGGCCAGCAUGCAGUGGGUUGUGGGACCUUCUUACUUCGUGGAGUUCACUAUUCAAGAGACAGACUGCAAGAAAAACACUCCUGAUAUUGACCUCACACAAUGCAAGCUCAAGGACUCGGAGUCAGCUCACACUGGGUUUUGCACUGGUUCACACAUCACGGCUGAUGAUGGACUUGAAGUCAAAGUUCCUGUCGAGGUGAAAUGUGAAAUCUAUCAACCUGCGAGAAUUCAACAAGGAACCUCUGGACCUCUUGGAUUAAUACAAGUCCUCUCUCCUCCGCCCAACCAGCCUUCACCCAGAGCGCGACCAGUGGCCAGUUACUGUCCUGAAGCAAGACGACACAAUCUUGCAUUGUCCUGACCAUCAUAGUGCUAUUUUUUACUAUAUUACUUAGAUUUUUACUAUAUACUUUAUAGUAACAAGUGGAUAUGGUGUUAAAUACACUGAACUACAGUAGGAUUAAAAUCAUUUUACAAUGAGAAAAUAAACGUGAGCAAACGAUGGCUCUCACUGUUAAAUAUUUUGGCAUGACUAUCUCAAGACUUGGCAUGUGAUACUAAUCAAACUGUUACAGACCACCAGUAUCAGAGAGCAAAUGUUGUUAGUUAAUAACUGUCAUGUGUUCGAGGGCCAGAUGAUGGAUUAAAAAGCUGAAACCUUCAA